AUGAUCAUUUACAAGGAUAUAAUUUCUGGUGACGAAUUGUUGUCUGACGCUUACGACGUCAAGUUGGUCGACAACGUUAUUUACGAAGCUGACUGUGCUAUGGUUAAGGUCGGUGCUGACAACAUCGACAUCGGUGCUAACCCUUCUGCUGAAGGUGGUGACGAAGAUGUUGACGAUGGCGUUGAAACCGUUAACAACGUUGUUCACUCUUUCCGUUUGCAACAAACCGCCUUUGACAAGAAGUCAUUCUUGACCUACAUCAAGGGUUACAUGAAGGAAAUCAAGAGCAAGUUGCAAGAAACUAACCCUGAUGAAAUUCCUAUCUUCGAAAAGGGUGCUCAAGUCUACGUUAAGAAGGUUAUCGGUUCGUUCAAGGACUGGGAAUUCUUUACUGGUGAGUCCAUGGACCCAGACGGAAUGUUGGUGUUGAUGAACUACCGUGAAGAUGGUGUCACCCCAUAUGUUGCUAUCUGGAAGCAUGGUGUUAAAGAAGAAAAGAUCUAA